AUGGCAACCAAAUCUAUGGUUUCUAUUAUUAUGUUGGCCUCCGUAUUGUCAAUAAUUGUCGUCAAUGCUGCACCCAUUGCCAACGUUAUUACAGUCGGUGACGAGAAAGGGUGGGCACUUGGCUUUGACUACCAGGCGUGGGUACAAAAUAAACAAUUCCAUGUUGGCGACACACUCGUGUUCAACUACCCAAAGGGUGCUCACAACGUGAUAAUGGUAAACGGCCCGGAAUUCCAAAACUGCGUUAAAAACCCAAACUUGGGAAUCUUAGAGAGCGGUCAGGAUAAGAUAGUAUUGGAGGCCGCUGGAAAUAUGUGGUUCCUCUGCGGAGUGGGUGAGCAUUGCGAAAAUGGUCAGAAGCUCAAAAUAACAGUUACUGAAAAUGCUUUGCCUUUUCCGAUUCCUUUUCCACCUGCACCAUCACCAGCACCCCAAGCAGCACCAGCAGCAUAA